CCCUUGCCUCCAUAACAUUCUUUCACCAGUCAAAAAGAAGACAGAACACAGACACAUGCUGUCUUCUUCCCUCCCCUUCUCUCAUCCCUUUUCUCUCUAGCAAGACCAAAACUAGACGAUGUCUAGAUCCUCUUCAACGUCGUCGUCCUCCUCAGCAACGACACCGUCUCCUUCAAUAAAACCCGAAUCCUACUCUCACAGUCCAGUCCACUACGCCGUCAUACUGGGCGACCACACAACCCUCACCCGCCUCCUCUCCACUCUCCCCAAACUCACUGAUCCCACCAAAAUCCACACCGAGUCAAACUCACUUAAUCAAGAGCAACUCGCAGACAAAAUCUCCUCUCUCGUCGACCGCCGUGAUGUCCCUUACCGAGAAACGCCUCUCCACCUCGCUGUCCGCUUAAACGACCUCUUCUCCGCCAAAUCCCUCGCAGCUGCUGGCGCUGACGUGUCAUUGCAGAAUUCCGCUGGUUGGAACCCUCUCCAGGAGGCAUUAUGUCGCAGGUACUCAGAAAUCGCUCUCGUUCUCCUCCGCCUCCACCACCGCUCCGCCUGGUCCAAGUGGCGCCGCCGCUUGCCUCGCCUCACUGCCGUGCUCCGCCGCAUGCGUGACUUCUACAUGGAAAUCUCCUUCCACUUUGAAAGCUCAGUCAUUCCUUUCGUGAACAAACUCGCUCCAUCUGACACGUACAAGAUUUGGAAACGUGAUGCUAAUCUCCGUGCCGAUACUACGUUAGCUGGAUUCGACGGCUUGAAAAUCCAGCGGGCCGAUCAAAGCUUCCUCUUCCUCGGCGAUGGCGACCAAAGUCACUCCAUUCCUCCUGGUUCUCUCUUAGUUCUCAACCACGAUGAGCGUAAAAUCUUUGACGCAUUCGAAUCCGCCGGAGCGGCAAUGAGCGAGUCCGACAUCGCCGGAUUCUGCUCCCAAACUAGCGUUUACCGUCCCGGCAUGGAUGUCACUAAAGCCGAAUUAAUAAGCCGAACGAACUGGAGACGCCAAGAGAAAACAGAAUCUGUUGGCGUAUGGAACGCUAAAGUUUACGAAUUAAACAACGUCGUUUUUAGCUUCCGAUCUCGGAAAGUAAUCGAAAGCGACGUCGCAGGAAGCGAACAGGUCUUACCAUUAGAGCUUGACGAAGAUGAUGACGGCUUCUUAGUAGCUGAAAAUCCUAGCUUUCUCAAUUUCGAGUUUAACAAUGGAAAUGAGAGUAAAAGGAGGCACAGUAGUUUUGUGAGGGAGGAGAGGGAGUUUGUGAGCGUAGGGAGGAAGAGUGUGGAUAUUUAUCCGUCGUCUACGGUUACGGGGAGGAGGAGAGUGGUGGCGGUGCCGGAAAAGGUAAAGGAGAAAGAGUAUGUGAAGAGUUUGAAGCCGUCAGUUUGGCUAACGGAACAGUUUCCGUUAAAGAUUGAGGAGUUAUUGCCGUUACUUGAUAUUUUGGCGAAUAAAGUGAAAGCCGUUAGGAGGAUGCGUGAACUGCUGACUACAAAGUUUCCGGCGGGCACGUUUCCGGUUAAGGUGGCGAUUCCGGUGGUCCCAACGGUGAGGGUGGUGAUAACCUUCACUAAGUUUGUUGAGCUACCACCUGUUGAACAAUUCUACACUCCACUUUCUAGUCCAAGACUUUUUGGUGGUCAUGAAGGAAGUAGAGUAGGAUCAUCAGAUGAAUCAGACAAACAUUAUCCAUCAUUGUCAUCGUCCUCCUCAACGUCGUCGACCACAUGGUUACAGCGAAACAGCAGCCAAUCGACGAGCAAGCAGCACCGGCAUAGUUCUUCAGUAUGGGGGCAGCAGCAGCUACAAAGUGACCCUUUUGCGAUACCAAGUGGAUAUACAUGGGCAAGUGUUGAUGAUCAGAAGUCGACCAAAAUGAAGAAAUCCAAGUCCACAAGGAAAUCCAAGUAAAGAUGGCUCCUAUGGGGCAAAGGCAAAUGAGGGAUUGAAUUAGGGCUAACGGAGUUAGGAGAUUGGUUGGUGGUGAUUAAUUAAUUACUUCCAUGGAUCUUUGAACUUGCAAAUAUAUAUAAUGUAGAUAUCUCAAUGUUAUUUAAUUAUAUGCAUUGAGCCUUUGUUGUGUGGUUUAUGACAGUUUUUGACAACAUUAUGAUUAGAAGAUUAACUAAUUAAUUACUACAAGUUUAGGUUU